AGGCAUUUGUUCAGGGACAUGGGACUUAAUCUGCUUUAUUGAGCAUCUAUGCUUUUCUAACCUUGUGAGGCUGUUUAUCGUAUCGGUUCUCAGCUACAUAAUUCUGCUCUUCUUCUACCUCUUGUUCAAAGUUGGCAUCAUCCAAUGCAUUGGGAGAAGCGUCUGCAAAGUUUCAUGGGCUGCCUGUGAGGCAUACUGGACGGCAAUGGAGGAGGUCGUCUUCUUCCUCUGGCACAAGCUGAAGAACACAAAACGAGUCUAUCGCCGCCGGGUUUGAGGACAUGGAAGAGGAGCUCAGCUCAGCCGGCGGCGACGAUGACGACUCAGAGGAUUAUGAAACCAUUCGAGUCACGAACCGGCGGAAAUCGGUUCGAGACAGACGGAGAGAUCGACUGAGACGAUCUCUGUAUCCAAGGAGCUAUGGUUCGUCGAAAAGGAGACAUGGAAGUGGUCGUCACCAUCGCGUGAGGUUGAAGACGAGCGAGGUUGAAGUUCAUGUUAGGGGCUCAGGGAGGAGGAGGAAUGGAGGGCAGAUUCAACUGAGAGGCAGAGAGAAGUAUGUUGCACCAUUAUUGUUCAGAAGUAGGUGGUGAUGUUUAGAAUGAUCAGUUUUUUUUUUUUCUUUUUCAAAAUUAAAUUUUGGGAUUAUAUGUAAAAACACCUUUUGUUAGUUAAAAUUCAAAUAAUUUUAGAGUUCAUGGGGGAGUUAGCAGUGAAUUUGAUUGAACUGAAGAUUUUGAUUUUCUAAGUUUG